UAUAAAGACUGAUGUGGAGUAGACGCUCAUUGCAGAAGAUGUGCAUCAAGAGAAUGUAUCCCUCUCGUGCAUUCUCCUCAUUUGAUACUAUUGCUGAAUCUGACAGUGCUAGAUCCGACUAUGAUAAGAGUUAUGCAGCUCCUGUUAAGGCCAACCCUUACCGCAAGAGGCCAACUAAAUUUACUUAUGAUAAAAAUGAGUUCGACAAAUUCAUCUACCCAUCUGAGAGAAGGUUCCUAUACGGCUCUUUCGAUCAGAAAGAUAUAUUUGGAGAGAGGAAGAACAUUAAUCACAGUCCUUACAUCAGUACCCAAAUGGACUUAGACAAUAAGCUCAUUAUUGCCUGGGCAUGCUUCAUGGUGAUUUUGAUGUUCAGAGAGAUCAAGGAAUACGAGAAACACAAAAUCCUCAGGGUGAAUCAUCUCAACUCUAAUAUGGGAUGGAUUGACGAAGACAAUUUGAUCUAAACAUCUGACCUCUUCCUGCUCG